GGAGGGGGGGGGGAGGGUUCGCACUGCAGAGAUGUGUGUACAUGUAUACGUGGAUGCGUCUAUGAAAGGAUAAAUACUUUAAAUGAUCCCUUUUCUCCAAUAAGCCAAAGUUUUCCGAAUAUAGCAUUUCCCCUUUAACAGCGGCAUGCCAAACAAAGGGGGGCCUACGUAUUGGAGUCAUUUUUGGGUAGCUGUUUAUUAAGAUGAAAUCGAUCAAUUAUUGGAUGAUGCCCAGUGCCAUACAUAAGAAUUAUUUAUCUCUUCAAGUGCCAGUUCAUUCGAGACAGCGCUUUCCACACGAUCGGGGUUUUAAACGCUUCCCUUUGUGUCGGAGACACGCACUGUUUUUAUGGCCUAAACCUAACGUAUCUCUGACAUCCUUUCAUCGGAAGGUAACGCGGGUUUUUUUUUUUUUUAAUUUGCAUUGAUACUAAUUGGAUAUUUUACUCGAUUACAAGAAUAUCUCAAGGAAUUUAUAGAGGAUGAAACACCUACCCGUUGUGUAUGUACUUCUUUUUGGAUAUGUUCUGGACUGUGGUCUUUCCAAGAAUAUCGCGGACAGUGAUGAAAUGCGGGAGAGACGAGCUGCGCCUGCGCAAACAAAAACAGUAAUUCAGACACUUCCGCCUAAAGUAGACGACAGCUGGAAACGAAUACAUUUAACUCCUCUUGAGAUCGCCACUAUUGUUGCUUUGUGUCUGUUGGUUGUUGGCGCGUUCUUAUUUUGUAUUUAUAAGUAUUGUGCUUAUUGUUGGCGCAAUAACAAAUCUCCAAGGAACACUAUGCGAGUACGGGAAGCUGACGAGAGGAUAACAAGUCCGCGGUCUUUGGAAGAAGUGAAACGAGAUCACAGAGGAUGGGGGGAUCGGAGAGGAAGUUCCACGUCAUCGACUGGAUGGGAAGAUAGACGUGGGAGUCUACUUCCGGUGGGACGCUGGGACGAGAGGCGCGGAAGCUCUCCGUCAGUGAUCGGAAGUAAAGAUGGAAGCCGAUCUGGAAGUACCGUGGGAUUGUUUGAAACGGCAGGAAAUAACAGAUGGGCGUUUGCUUAAUUGUCAAUAACUUUCCUUUUUAUCAAAAUUUAGUUGUUUCAAGAUUUUUUUUCACAAUAUAUGGAAAUGUUUUUACGAAACUACUCAACAGAUCUUCAAACGUGUAAAGCUAUCCCAGGAGACAGUAUUAUUCCACGUCUUUUGAGCGUUUCUGCAUACCUCUAUUUAUUUUACACACAAACGUUUUCGACAUUGUUAACUUUUUGUUAUUUCUGUGCACAAUAAAGAGGAUUUCAAAUA